CUAAGGACAUGAGGAAAGUAGCCGCCAGCGGCCCAGACACCUGAGAGAGAACACCCGAGGGGGCAGCUUCUCAAGUGCAGGUUGUGCUGGGCUGGGCAUGGGCUGGGCAGAAGCCUAGGCUCACAGCCGCUACCAUCUGGACCUGGGAUCAUGUCUGCUAACAAGGGCUGGUGGGUGCCACCUGAGGGUGAGGACAACCUGUCUGGGAAGUUCUUAAGGAAGACCAGGGAGUCUCCACUGGUGCCUAUAGGUGUAGGAGGCUGCCUGGUGGUAGCCGCAUACAGGAUUUACCGGCUGAAGGCUCGAGGUCCCACCAAGUUGUCCAUACAUCUGAUUCACACCCGAGUGGCAGCACAGGCAUGUGCUGUGGGUGCGAUCAUGCUUGGUGCCAUGUACACGAUGUACAGAGAUUACGUCAAGAGGGCGUCAGAGGACGCUGAGAAGUAG